CACAUUCGCACUGAUCUUUCAGCAAAUGAUGGUACUCGUGGAUCCAGUCUGACGUUGAUCAGACCAAUCCCUACUCCUACACAUCAGCACGUCAUGUGAGGACGUCUGUAGUGCUGCGCGCGGGAGUAAUUCAACGUCUUGAUUUUUAUUCAACAAGUUCUUUAUUUCUCCUGUCAUUUUUUCGGGACACAGCAAUAAAUUGAGGAGGUGAAUAUGUUAACGCAGCGCUAACUGUGCUCAUACAACAGGUGAGAUGUUGAGCUCCAAGCUGCUGACCCUGGUGCUCGUGGUCCAGCCGGGCAGAGUGCUGCUCGGCAUGAAGAAGAGAGGAUUUGGGGCUGGGAAGUGGAAUGGGUUUGGGGGCAAAGUUCAACCUGGAGAAACUAUUGAAGAUGGUGCAAGGAGAGAACUGCUAGAAGAAAGUGGCCUGACGGUGGAUGCUCUCGAGAAGGUUGGAAACAUCAAAUUUGAAUUUGUUGGAGAAACGCAGCUGCUUGACGUCCAUGUUUUCAGAGCCGACAACUAUAAUGGAGAACCAACAGAGUCAGAAGAAAUGCGGCCUCAGUGGUUCGAAUGUGACCAAAUUCCUUUCAGUCAAAUGUGGGCUGAUGACAUCCUGUGGUUCCCCCUAAUGCUCCAGAAGAAGAAAUUUGUCGGAUACUUUAAGUUUCACGGUCACGAUGUGAUCCUCAGCCACAAACUGGAAGAGGUGGAGGAACUGUGAGACGACCUGCGUUUCUGAGGUCAUUUAUGACUGUGACAAAAAAGCAUCAGCCUUCCAAAGUUCUUCUUCAAAUGCUGAAGAUAUCCUAGGGUUCAGUGUUUGUUGUUCAGUUUACCUUGUGGGAGGAAACGAACAAACUCGAGGACUUAAACCCUGUUAACUAUACAUGGAGAUUGUUUACAUGUUAAAUUACAUAUUGAG